AUGGCUGGUAAAGCAACCGAUCGCAAGAGAAAGGAAGCGAAAUCUAUAACAAACGAAACAGCAGACACCCUUGCAGCAUUCCAGCUGCCUGAUAGCCUGUCAUGUUCCGAGGUGGAGUUUCCCGUGUUGAUGAUGAAAACUACUAGGGCUAGUUGGAAAGACAUUUUGAAGGAGAACGAACAGAGGAUGCAAGAAAUAAAGGAAUAUUCUGAUAGUAAGAAAGAACCGAUUGUUAAGGCGCCGUUUCUUAGAACAGAAUGUGAUUUUAUAAAAAACGAAGUAUUUGUUCAUCUCUUGCCUGCCUUAACGGAGACUCUGAAUAAAGCUAAGAUCUGGGAGGCCCUGGUUAGACAGAAAUGCUUUUUCAACGGCAUUGAUCAUAUCAGCCAGGUUUUGUGGAACAACAAUCCACGCUAUCCAGAUCGAAAACACAACAAUUGGCAUUUGUUUAAUAUGCCUUGGGUCAGAGAACAGCUUAAAAAGAAGCCCCGGCCAUACUACCCGAAAUCUUGGCUAUGGCCUGAAGAGUACGCAGCUACUGUAAUUCAGAAAACUGUUCGCCAAUACUUCGUACAACGAGAUGAAGAAGUACAAGAAAUGCGUGAAUUCUGGAAGAAAUUGUUGAUGGAACGUGAAUUAUGUCCUGAAAUGGAAUUCAAUCCAUUCCUUGCGAAAAAGUUUGCGUCAACUUCAAACAUGCGUAAAUGAGAUUAUUGAGAACAGGUGCUUGUUCAUAUUAAUAUGCCAAGAUACCGAAAGAUACAAUGAGGUAUUUAGCAGAAAUAGGACAAAACCGUUCUGUUCGUUGACAAUAGUACCAUGGUACAAUUCUAUGAUUGAACUAUUGAUUAUAAUUUUUACGACUAGUACUAUUUACAAUGGAUCUCGAAAUAAUAAAAAACAAUCUAGUGUAAUAUAGACAUAUCUUUUUUUCUCUCUCUGUCUCCUCUCUUUCUCUCUCACUUUUUCAUACAGAAUACAAAGUUUUCAUACAGAUAUACUUUCAACCUGUGCUUUCAACUAUACCUA